AUGCCUGCACAAGGAACAGCAAAAACCAAUAGUCAAAACCAAGAAAAUUCGCUGUUUCUGUUUAAAGGCAAGUAUUAUGAGUAUGAGGUCAAUUUGGGGAAUUUCGACGAUAACGAGUGGCAACAAUUCAGCAGUAGGGACACUGUUGAUUUCGGAGGGAUGAUUAAUCGCAGAGAACCGAUCGGAUUCUUCGAGUUCAUCAUCUCAUCUGAAAUUGUUCCUGAUUUGAUAGGCAAAAACGGUGUUUUUUUGAAGAAAUUGAUCGAUCGCCAACAAAUUCGUGUUUGCUUCGAGAAGCUGAAUAACCCACGCUACCCUAAUUCGACAUUGUGUCAUAUUAGAGGACCAGAUGAUCUUAUUCAUGAGUUUCUGCAAAGACAAGAUUUGUUGCAUCAGUACUGGUUUGAUGGCGUUGUCACAUAUUUCAUGGGCCCAUAUGACUUCUGCAUUCAGAAUCGAAGCCCAAGUGGAUCGUACGAGGAAUUUUUGAAAUUGGAGAUUCGAUUGUGUCAUUUUUAUCGAAAACAUAAGAAUUUCCCGACACUUCCGGCUAAGAAUUGCGAAGGUAUGAUGGCAGUGGUUUUCGAAAAUCGCAAAUGGGUGCGUUGUUUGGUAACAAAACACUACCCGAACACUGAUUUGGUCACAAUCACUAAAGUGGACUAUGGGGGAGAGUACAAAACUCAUAGGUCCAAACUCAAAUCGAUUCGAACUGACUUUUCGCUUUUUCCGUGCCAGGCAAUCAAUGUGCGAUUGGCGAAUAUUAGGCCAGGACCACGCUGGUGCCUGCAAGACGCAUGCAAUCUCAUGGCGGCGUAUUGCUAUCUGAAGGAAGUCUGUGUUCGAUGGGUGAGCCCGCUUAGUGCUCCAAUCAAAGAAGUGGAGAUGCUUGUACCAAUUUUGAAUGGAAAUAUCAUCGAGAACUACUCAUUCGACCGCAUUCUUAUUGAUAGUGGUCUCGCUUCGUCGACCCGAAUGUUUUCACCUACCGUAGACUUUGUUCAACUAUAG